GCCCAGGUGAGGCGGGGCCGGACGCGCUCCCGGCUCGCAGGGAAAUCCCGCCCUCUGAACAAUGAAGAUCUUAGACCCUGGCUAACUCUGAGUCCUGCAAACCCCGCGUGGAUCCUUCCUGGCUCCCCUGGAGCAGAUGCUGAGGCUCUCUGGAGGGGCCUGCAGUCACUCACAGUGCCUGUGUGAGAGCAGAGGGAGCUCCCAGCCACCGUGUGCCCGAGAGCCGAGCCAUGCUGGGCCGGAGGAGCCGCCUGCCCCCCGAGCUGAGCGGCGCCCGGCAGCGGGAGCAGCCCUGCCCGGAGGCCGUGCCCCUGCGGGCCCGGGCAGCCAGGGACAGCAGGGACAGCAGGGACACGGAUGUCAGCCUGGAGGUGUUCAGUGGCUCCACGCCCGAGAUCAAAGCUGGCCGCGGCCGAGCGCAGCAGAUGCGGGACAGGAAAGGGCGCAAGGCCGAGCUCAAGGACCCCAACGGCCGAGAGGCAGAGACCAUCACCUUCAUCUCCGGGACAGCAGAGGCUCCCCCAAACCAGAGCCUUUGCUGCUCCUCCCUGUCUCAGGCCUGGAACACGUACAAGGCUGUUUUCUGUUGCAUAGUGACGUGUGGGGGCUGCUUCCAGGACUGCAGUGUCUGCAUUCCCUACCCGGGGCCCGCCGAGACCUCCACGGAUGAUGGGAAGAACGGAGACUACAACGGGCGGCUGCCAAACAGCCCCGCCAACACCUCUCCUGCUGAGAAGAACGGGAACCAGAUCAAAAAGUCCAGCAUGGGCAGCAGUUUCAGUUACCCAGACGUGAAGCUGAAGGGCAUCCCUGUCUAUCCAAACAGGAACACCAACCACCACCCGGAAUCUGAUUCCUGCUGCAAGGAGCUGCUGGAGAAGCCCUUCAGGAACAGCAUAGAAAAGCCACCGCUCCCCAGCAGCCACCGGAGCUCGGAGGAGUACUAUUCCUUCCACGAGUCCGACGUGGACAUCAGCGAGCUGAACGGCUCCAUGUCCAGCCGGCAGAUCGACGUCCUGAUCUUCAAGAAGCUCACCGAGCUCUUCAGCGUCCACCAGAUCGACGAGCUGGCCAAGUGCACCUCGGACACCGUCUUCCUGGAGAAGACCAACAAGAUCUCGGACCUCAUCAACAGCAUAACUCAGGACUACAACCUGGACGAGCAGGACGCCGAGUGCCGGCUGGUGCGGGGCAUCAUCCGCAUCAGCACGCGCAAGAGCCGCGUGCGGCCCCACAUCUCCCUGCCCGCCAGCCAGGCCCACGAGGAGAAAUCCAGCCGGGGCACGGCGCCCGACAGCGGCAACGAGACCAUGCUGGAGUCCAUGGUCAUCAGCCAGGACGAGCUGGCCGUGCAGAUCUCGGAGGAGACCCCGGCGGAUGUGAUGGCCAGGAACAUGAGGCGGCACAGCAGCGCAGGCUCUCCAACCAGCAGAGAUUCCUCCUUCCAGGACACAGAGACUGACUCGUCCGGGGCUCCUCUGCUCCAGGUGUACUGUUAAAGGACCCGAGCUGCAGGGAGGCAUUCCAGGCCUUUGCUGCAGUCACAAUCCUGCUCCUUCCAUGUGGAGUGUGCUGUGCCACGUUGGAUUUUUUUUCCCCUGUC